AUGGAUCUGCAGACCCUCCAGACUCUGUUCCAUUUCCGAGGAGUGGAACUUUGGGAUGGCAUUACAGUAAAACUACAGCAAUGUGCUUCCGAUUUUAGUGAAGAAUUCAAUAAAAACGGGGCGAGGGAAAGGAAAAACGAGAAAAAAGUCCUUUGUUAG